ACUUGAAAUCGAACCUCCAAUCAGUUCGGCGAUACUAGUUUUGAAUCCCCAUCGUUCGAUCUGGAGCCAUCACAGGAUCCGCCGCAGACCUCCGGCAACGGUAAGAUACGCUACCGUUCGCCUUCCUACACUGAGCUACUAGAGUCCGUCUCCACCGCCACCGGUUCUCCUCCCACCUCAGAAUAUCAUCAGGGACUCCUCUCCGUCGACGGAGAGAAAAUGACGGCUAAGCGCGGGAUUGGGCGGCACGAGUCUCUCGCCGACAAGAUCCAACGCCACCGAAGUAUCCUGCUAGUGAUAUCGGUUCCCGUUGUGCUGAUCGCUCUCGUUCUUCUGCUGAUGCCUGGGAGAUCGGCAACCGACGCGGUCGUUGAAGAGUACACGGUGCUUAACCGCAAGGGAGGCCCCAACUCGAGGCCUCCGAAGAACUACGCCGUGGUUUUUGACGCUGGAAGCUCUGGGAGCCGUGUACAUGUUUACUGUUUUGAUAAGAAUUUGGAUCUUGUUCCUCUCGGGAAUGAACUCGAGCUCUUCCUACAGCUAAAACCAGGCUUGAGUGCGUAUCCUACUGAUCCCCGACAAGCAGCAAACUCUUUGGUGUCUCUUCUUGACAAGGCGGAGUCUUCUGUUCCCCGCGAGUUGCGUCCUAAGACACCUGUCAGAGUUGGGGCAACUGCAGGUUUGAGGACGCUGGGUCAUGAAGCGUCUGAGAACAUUUUGCAAGCGGUUAAAGAACUCUUGAGAGAUAGAAGCAUGCUGAAAACUGAGGCGAAUGCUGUUACUGUGCUGGAUGGAACCCAGGAAGGUUCUUAUCAGUGGGUAACGAUCAACUACUUGUUGAGGAACUUGGGAAAACCAUACUCAGAUACGGUUGGAGUGGUUGAUCUUGGAGGGGGUUCUGUUCAAAUGGCAUAUUCUAUAUCCGAGGAAGAUGCUGCAAGUGCACCAAAACCAUUGGAAGGAGAGGAUGCUUAUGUCAGAGAAAUGUAUCUCAAGGGACGGAAGUAUUUCCUCUAUGUUCACAGUUACCUACAUUACGGAUUACUGGCUGCCCGAGCAGAGAUUUUGAAAGUUUCUGAAGAUUCAAACAACCCCUGCAUUGUGACAGGCUAUGAUGGUACUUACAAGUAUGGAGGAGAAGAGCUUAAAGCGGCUGCGUUGCAAUCUGGCGCGAGUCUUGAUGAGUGCCGGAGGCUAACGAUCAACGCACUCAAAGUGAAUGAUACACUUUGUACACACAUGAAAUGCACAUUUGGUGGAGUAUGGAAUGGUGGUCGAGGUGGCGGCCAAAAGAAUAUGUUCGUUGCUUCUUUUUUCUUCGAUCGUGCUGCUGAGGCUGGAUUCGUGGACCCGAAGCAACCUGUGGCUACAGUUCGUCCAAUAGACUUUGAGAAAGCAGCAAAGAAAGCUUGUAGUAUGAAAAUGGAGGAGGGAAAAUCAAAGUUUUCACGUGUGGAGGAAGAUAAUUUGCCUUACUUGUGCAUGGAUCUCGUUUACCAAUAUACUCUGCUCGUUGAUGGAUUCGGGUUGAAGCCAACACAGACAAUAACAUUAGUGAAGAAGGUGAAAUACGGAGAACAAGCAGUGGAAGCUGCCUGGCCAUUGGGUAGCGCCAUUGAGGCCGUCUCCUCACCGUGACAGGGCAUCUUGGGAAGUACUCACAUCAUUCUUUUGAUUUCACUAGCAAAUAUUUAUUGUUUCCAAUUUUUUUUUAAAGUUUAUUUUUGUUGUAAUGCUAAAAACUUACUAUUAUUAGUGAUAUAAAGAUGAUUAUUGUUUGGUAAAGCAUAUUAAAAAAAAAUUCUACAAUGGUAUAUGACAAUCUGUUGUAGAUUUGGCUCAGAUAUAUUUAAAAUCUAGUAUUUAAGUA